CAUAAGGUUGGUGAAAGUGAACAUACGAAAUCAGGUGAAGUAAAAGACAGGAACCAUAAAACCUUGUCUUCUAGUUUUCUGUUUUCUUGUAUUCAAACCAUUGAAUCCACUCUCUCUCUACAACUCUCUCUCUCUCACACAAAAAAACACACAGUAAUCUUGUUUGACAUUUGUUCUCUGCUGUCCAUAUAUAUAUAUAUAUAUAUAUAUUCUCAACAAGUAGUUCCAAUUCACAACCAACCAAAUAAAGGUGUAUUAAUUAAUAUUCACUGUCUGCUAAUUCACUUCUGAUUCUGCUAUCCCACCUGCAUCUUCAGAUAUUAUUCUCUUCCUGUCACCUUCUUCUCUUACACACCUACACAUAUACAUACAUAUAUAUUUAUUGCAUAUAUAUAUUCCGCCUAUAUAAUAAAUUCCUGCACAAGGGUCUUCUGUUAUAUCUCUUAUUAAACACACACACACACACACACACACACACACACACACACAUUUCUUGGUUUAAAGUCAGCUACAUCUCCCACUUAUAGUUCUUGCCCACCACCUAUUUGUUUUUAGUCCUAGCUGAAAAAAAUCUCGAAAACCCUGUUCUCAUCCAUGGCCAAAAUCAGCCCAAUGCUGCUUCUAGUUAUAGUCAUUCUAUCUAUUGGCUUCUUUGUGCUUGGCCUACUCCAACUUCUCAUCAGAUUUCUAAUGAAGAGUCCAUCGUCACCAUUUCCCUCGAUUUCGCAACCAGACAUCAGACUUCCGGAACCUUCUAGAGCAGCAUCUUCCAGAACCUUCCAGAGGCAACUGCAGCAUCUUUUCCGGUCACACGACUCCGGCCUCGACCGCUCCUCGAUCGACGCUCUGCCCGUUUUUUACUACAAGGAUGUAAUAGUAGUAAUGGGAUCUAAAGAACCGUUCGAUUGUGCCGUUUGUCUCUGCGAAUUCUCGGAGAGCGAUAAGCUCAAGUUUCUUCCUGAUUGUGGCCACGCCUUUCACAUUCAAUGCAUCGAAACAUGGCUUCUUUCGAACUCGACUUGCCCUCUAUGUAGAGGUCUCAUUAGUACCACUCACCGAAAUAAUCCAGUGGCAAAAUGGGAAUUAUCUUACGACCAACCAAAUGGGAUUUCCCAAGAAAGCCCGUCAAUGGUUUUCCCUGUUUGUCUUGGGAAGUUUAGAAGAUUAAGCGAAGGAUUAGCAAACGAAGAUCAAAGGCGAGAUGAUGAUGUAAGCGGCAGCACUAGUAGAAUUGUUGAUGCUAGAAGAUGUUAUUCUAUGGGGGCAUUUGAGUACAUUGUUGGUCAUGCAAACGUACAAGUGGCGUUGUUUAGUGGCAACGAUGUUCGAUGUUGUACUAAAGAGAAGUUCGAUAAUACUAAUAUAGGAAUCGAUGGUAAGAAGAUCGAUCCUAGGAGUCGAGGUGAUAGCUUCUCUGUUUCCAAGAUUUGGCUUUGGUCCAAGAAAGGUAAAUUUCCUACUUUUUCGGAUACAGAUGAAAGCAUUGUUAUGCCUAUGCCUAAUGGAAGCAAUUUAGUGUAAAGGGAUUCUUCCGAUUCGAUUUUCGGACACGAAAAACGGGUAAAAUUGCUCGUUUUUUGACUGUUGAUUAAUUGAUCAUAAUUUUGUUUUCGAGAGUAAGCAUGCACCAUUGAUUAUUC